AUGAGCAUCAACAGCUCUUCAGCCGAAUAUUUGAUGGCCAAAAGCUUGUCCGCAUAUAAUAACGAGCUUGAAUCCCUUGACCUAGUUUCGCCAAACCAUUUCAGCAAAAUUGGUGAUUACGACGACGUUGGCGAUUGCCUAACCAACGAAACAAGCUCCGAGUCUUCAGUCAGCGUGCAAAACAGCAGUUCAGGGACCAUUAGCUUCGACGACUUUAUAGACUGGCUGGGGAGGACCGACGAUUUUGCCCUGUACAUGUCCUCGACAGUCGGUCUCUUUGACCAUAUUACGUGCAGUGCGCCCAGAAUGGUUAACAGACAACUUCACACCCACUACGGUAGUUCCGAAGAAACAAGCAAGAAAGGAAUAGUCAAUGUUCUCGACUGGAUAUACGCGCAAAUGCACGAGUCUGAUUUUGUCACUUAUCCUUUGGCCAUGCCCAAAGCAACUUAUCUGCACAUCAACCACGAGCAGGAUAACAAGGAGCGGGCAUCAUAUUUUUCCAGCAGCGCAUUUUAUUAUCCCAAUGGUUUUACGUAUCUCAGGUCGGUGCACUUGUUUGUCUCAGUGGAGCUCACAGAAUUCACAGAUGAUGUGCCAGCGGCUGUGAUGAGCGAUAUGAUGGAGCCUGAGGAUGUGUCGGCGCUUGAUAGGUCUCUACGGCAGCUAUGGUUUCUGAUGAAGCAGCCAUCAGAGAGUUUUGGACAUUUUGUAGAAGUUGCGAGGAGUCCGCAGUUUGUCGAGUUUAACAGAAACUUGGGCACAGUGACCGUCAAUGCUGUGAAUAUGCACACAGCUGCAGCAGUGUCCAUUGCUGAUUGGGUUGAGAAAGAGGUCAGUGAAUUUGGUCGCGCAGCGUUUCUGUUCAAUACUGAUUUUGGCGAGGAAAUGAGGCCAGCCGUGUUCAAGCUGUGCUGGGCGCCAAUUGGCGAUUCACAAGAGAACGUGAUUUACAUGACGCUAUUGGCAAACAAGGUCGAGGGUGUGCCCAAAAUUUAUUCCAGCGGUGUCAUUUUCCAAGAUAUCUUGGGGUACCAACUCGUGUACUUGGUUAUGGAGCACUGUGGCGACAGUUUGGGGACCAUAUUCGAGGAUUGCGGGCAAAACGUAAACAACUUUAACCAGCUGCGUUCUAUUGCCACCGACGCGAUCCAGCAAGUCUGCUCUUGUCUUCUUCAGGCAAAAAAGGCUGGUGUGCUGCAUUGCGAUAUAUUGCCAGACAAUAUCAUGGUUCGCAACGGAAAUAUCUUUGUCGUCGGAUGGGGGCAUGCUUGUGUACUGAGGGACUCUGUGAUGAGCAACAACAUGCGCGAGUUCAUAUUGCGCAUGGGUGGCUCGUUCAAACCACUUCAAAAUAACAACAAAUACAAUGGCAAAGUCACCUAUGCAAACUGCUUCAGGAGCAUGCGCAUAUUGAUAGGCCAUACGUACCGCAGUAUCAUGGACGACCUUGAAUCAUUAUUCUAUGUUGUUGUGCGGUGUUUCUCGUGUGUGGGCACGGGUAAAUUUGAUUACAGGGCGGGGCUGCUCAAGAGUUUCUGUGGUGGUGAAUAUGUGGCCAUGAGAUUGAGCAUGAUGGUGUGCCAGAGCAAUUAUCCAUAUCUUUUUGGCGUCAAUGAGCGGUUUUCUGACGAUGUGCAGCAAUUGCUGGCGCCGCUGUGUAGGCUGCUGUUUUCUCAUGGAGAUAGCAACUUUACCAGACUCGUACUUGAGUUUUCGCGAGCCUUGGGGAAGGAUGGCAAGCGUCAAAAGGUAUUGGUGCGGACAGAGGAGAUGACAGGUUUUGAGAAACUGUUUUUCCAGCAGGUCGAUAUGAUUAACGACCACGAGACCCGCGUGGGUUAUUACGAGUAUCCCGAGGUAUCCAUGAAGUCAUUGGGCGGAGUAUGGAAAAACACUGAGGACGAGAUCCUCAAGGCAGCGGUGAUGAAGUACGGCAAAACGCAGUGGGCGCGAAUUUCCUCCCUCCUCGUUCGCAAAACACCCAAACAAUGCAAGGCGCGGUGGUAUGAAUGGCUUGAUCCGAGCAUUAAAAAGACUGAAUGGUCCAAAGAAGAAGACGAAAAGCUUCUGCACUUAGCCAAGCUUAUGCCCACACAAUGGCGCACAAUCGCGCCGAUCGUCGGCCGCGCACCAGCUCAGUGCUUGGAACGGUAUCAGAGGCUCCUGGACGAGGCCGAGUCCAGGGCAGCAGGACAGGAGGACCUUGGAUUGAGGGGAAGUGAUGCGCAGGAGGCCCGCAAGUUGCGACCUGGUGAGAUUGAUCCGAAUCCAGAGAGUAAAGCAGCGAGGCCCGAUCCCGUGGACAUGGAUGAAGACGAAAAAGAUAUGCUCUCGGAGGCGCGCGCCAGAUUAGCCAACACUAUGGGCAAGAAGGCUAAGCGCAAGGCCAGAGAGCGGCAAUUGGAGGAAGCCAGGCGACUGGCGGCGCUGCAGAAACGCCGGGAACUCAAGGCCGCUGGCGUAGAGCUCAAGCCCAUGAAGGCCAAGAAGGGCAAUAAGGCGCAUUUGGAUUACAAUGUCGAAAUCCCAUAUGAGAAGAAACCCAUGCCUGGGUUCUACGACACCACGGAAGAGCUCGACAAGAAGGACAAGCCGGCGGAGGACGCGCUGAAGGGGAGGUUUUUGGAUACACUUGAGGCAAAGGGCCGCACACAGCGCGAAGAGGAUGCUCGUACAGAGGCUAAGCGCAAGCGCGAAAAGCGUGGCCCUAUCAAGUUUGUAUCUGCUGCUGGUGCCAAAGGUGAUGAUGCGGCCAGGGAGCGCGAGGAGGCAGAGCAGGUGGCUAAGCGUGCGCGGCUCGUGCUGCCUGCUCCCCAGGUCACUGACAGCGACUUGGAGGCCAUUGCUAAGCUGGGCCAGCAGAGUGCCCUGGCGCGUGAGCUAGUCGGCAAUGGCCAGGCCGACGCGUUGCUAGGCGACUAUACGCACAACUCAGUUGCAGCAGCUACUGCAGCCGCCACCGCGGCGCGCACCCCCGCAGUACAGGGCGACCGCAUUAUGGCCGAGGCGCUGGCGCAGCGCAUGGCAGCCAACCAGGCAACGCCACUGCUGCUGGGAGCCAAGGCCGGUGGAGAUGCCACAGUGGUCUCUAAGUCUGAGACCCUUACGGCCGAUGUGGCUGGCCCCAUGGCAACCCCCAAUCCGCUGGCGGCCUCGCUUGCGGCGCGCACAGGAUCAUCGGUCGCUGUGCGCGACGAACUCGGGCUGAACACGCCAGCGCACGACAUGGGGGCCACACUGCGCGAGCGCAAGACCGCCGGACGCGGGCUGCGCGAGCAGCUGGCGCAGCGACUAUUAGCGCUGCCCAAGCCGCGCAAUGAGAUUGAAAUCGCCAUUCCCGACGCGCCCCAACCGCCGCCUUCUGCUUUGGCGCCAGCUGCUGAUAUCGUCGAGGACCAGGCCGACGUUGAGCGGCGUAUGGAGAAGAUGCGGAUUUUGGGUGCCGAGGAGGAGCGCAUGCGCCGCUCGCAGUGCGUGCAGCGCGGCCUGCCCCGCCCCACUGCGCUGCCCGUUAACCCACAGGACGCCGUAGGCUCGUUGGCAGCGGCAUCGGGGGCAGAGGCGGAGGCUGUGGCGAUGAUCGGGCGCGAGAUGUGCCGGCUGAUCGCCCACGACGCGCAACAUUUCCCCGAGGCCGGCGUUGCCAUCCUUCGCCCGCCGCCUGGCCUGCAGAUCCCACCUCUGGACGAUAUUGCAGCGGACGAAAUUGCGCUUGCCCGCGCUCUCAUUAUUGCCGAGACCUCGCCCGCCGCUGCCGAUGCCUCUGCGGACGACUCAGUCUGGCGGGCGGCCGAGCAGCGGCAUACAUGGGUGGGCAGCGGCUUUGUGCCCACCACGGAUGUGUCGCCGGCGCAGUGGAUUGACAAACACCGCACAGACCUGGAUUCUCGGCGCUCGACCAUGGCGGCCCUAGCUGGCAGAGCUGCGAAGGUUGAGAAGCGCCUGGGCGUGGUGCUCGGAGGAUAUCAGGCACGCAGCAAGGCGAUUGCUGAGAAGAUUGGCUGUGCGUAUGAGGACUUUGAGAGGGCUCAGAUGGAUGCCAGGGCGUUUGCUGCGCUGCAUGCGGCUGAGCAAGCGACGAUGCCUGGAAGGCUGCAGCGGAGCCAGGAGGAGGUUGAGCAGAUCGAGGCUAGGGAGCGCAUGCUGCAGAUGGAGUACCAGGCGCUUGUGGAGCGCAGAAGCGCGUUGCUCUAA